AUGUCGUCGCCGGGGUCCCUGCUGGAGAAGCCGCAGAUCAUCUCCCACACGCAGCAGGGCUUGAACUACACCGUCUUCGACUGCAAGUGGGUGCCGUGCAGCGCCCGCCUCCUCUGCCUGGGCAGCUUCCCGCGCGGCACCGGCGUCAUCCAGCUCUACGAGCUGCAGGGCGGCCGCCUCAGCCUCCUCCGCGAAAUUGAAAAGUCAAAGCCUAUUAAAUGUGGAACUUUUGGCGCUUCCUCUCUACAACAAAGAUAUCUAGCUACAGGAGACUUUGGUGGAAAUUUAAAUAUAUGGAAUUUGGAAGCUCCAGAACUCCCAGUGUACUCUGUGAAGGGACAUCAAGAAAUCAUCAACAGUAUUGACGGUGUCGGUGGCUUAGGAAUUGGGGAAGGAGCACCAGAAAUUGUGACGGGAAGUCGUGAUGGCACCGUGAAGGUGUGGGACCCAAGACAAAAAGACUUUCCGGUUGCCAACAUGGAGCCAGCUCAAGGGGAGAGCAAGAGAGACUGCUGGACUGUGGCAUUUGGCAACGCUUAUAAUCAAGACGAGCGGGUUGUCUGUGCCGGCUACGACAACGGAGACAUUAAGCUGUUCGACCUUAAAACCAUGACGCUGCGAUGGGAGACCAAUAUCAAGAACGGGGUCUGCAGUGUCGAGUUUGACAGGAAGGAUAUCAAUAUGAACAAGCUGGUAGCGACAUCCCUGGAAGGGAAAUUCCACGUUUUUGACAUGCGAACUCAGCAUCCGGCGAAAGGUUUUGCUUCUGUUUCAGAAAAGGCGCACAAAUCGACCAUGUGGCAGGUGCGGCACCUCCCGCAGAACAGGGACAUCUUCGUGACCAGCGGAGGAGCUGGAAACCUUCACCUUUGGAAGUACGACUAUCCGGCACAGCGCUCCAAGAAGGAUUCCGAAGGGAGAGAAUUGGGGGUCGCCGGGUCGGUCAGCCUUCUGCAAAACGUGACCUUGUCCACUCAGCCCAUUUCCAGCCUUGACUGGAGCCCUGACAAACGGGGCCUCUGCGUUUGCAGCUCCUUUGACCAGACUGUGCGAGUCCUCAUUGUCACUAAACUGAACAGGGUUUGACAGAAGAAGGAUUUCUACCAAAGGAAA